AUGACAAUCCCAAAUCCAAAUGAAUCCAGGAAUGGGAGAAGAAUCCCAAAUCUGGGGAUCCCAAAUCAACCCAGGAAUCCAAGUAUCCCAAGGAUCCCAAAUCAAUCCAGGGAUCUCAAAUCCAGGUAUUCCAAAUCCAAGAAUCCAAUGAUCCCAGGGAUCCCAAAUCCAAGGAUCCCAAAUCCCAAGAAUUCCAAAUCCCAGGGAUCCCAAACCUGGGAAUUUCAAAUCAAGGGAUCCAAGGAUCCCAGGGAUCCCAAAUCCAAGGAUCCCCAAUCCCAGGGAUCCCAAAUCCAGGGAUCCCAAAUCCCAGGAAUCCCAAAUCCAAGGAUGGGAGGAGAAGCCCAAAUAUGGGGAUCCCAAAUCAACCCAGGGAUCCCAAAUCCAAGGAUCCCAAAUCCCAAGAAUUCCAAAUCCCAGGGAUCCCAAUUCAAUCCAGGGAUCUCAAACCCAGGAAUCUCAAAUCAAGGGAUCCAAGGAUCCCCAAUCCCAGGAAUCCCAAAUCCCAGGAAUCCCAAAUCAAUCCAGGGAUCUCAAAUCCCAGGAAUCCAAGGAUCCCAGGGAUCCCAAACCCAGAUAUCCCAAAUCCAAGGAUGGGAGGAGAAGCCCAAAUCCAAGGAUCCCAAAUCCCAAGAAUUCCAAAUCCCAGGGAUCCCAAUUCAAUCCAGGGAUCCCAAACCCAGGAAUCUCAAAUCCAAGAAUCCCAAAUCCAGGGAUCCCAAGCCCAAGGAUCCCAAAUCCAGGAGUCCUAAAUCCCAGGAACCCCCAAUCCCAGGAAUCCCAAAACAAUCCAGGGAUCUCAAACCCAGGAAUCUCAAAUCAAGGGAUCCAAGGAUCCCCAAUCCCAGGAAUCCCAAAUCCAGGAAUCCCAAAUCAAUCCAGGAAUCCCAAAUUCCAGGAGUCCCAAAUCCAAGGAUCCUAAAUCCAAGAAUGCCAAAACCUGGAAUCUCAAAUCCCAGGAAUCCCAAAUCCAGGAAUCCCAAAUCCAAGGAUCCCCAAUCCCAGGGAUCCCAAAUCCAAUAAUCCCAAUCCAACGACCCCAAAUCCAGGAAUCCCCAAUCCCAGGGAUCCCAAAUCCCAGGAUGGGAGGAGAAUCCCAAUCCCAAAGAUGAUUCCCGCAUGGAUCCGUGGGAUCCCAGUUCAUCCCAGUUGAUCCCAGUCGAUCCCACACAAUUCCCACCCCUCCCACUCUUCCCAGCACCCGCAGGAGCCACUUCAGGGUGUCCCCGAUGUCACCUCAGGGUGUCCCUGAUGUCACCUCUGGGGGUGUCCCCUCCCCGAAAUUCCCAAAAUUUAAACCAAAGAAAUUCCCCAGGAAAUCCCAACCCUGUCCCUUGUCCCCAAACUGUCCCCAACGUGUCCACUGGCACCAAAAUGUCACCAAUGCCUCCAAAAGUGUCACCAAUGCCACCAAAAAAUGUCACCAAUACCCCAAAAAUGGCAGCAAUGCCC